CGGGUUUUAAAUCCUAGGUAAUCAUAGUAUUCCUUGAUAUUAAAUUUAAAUAAAUACUUUUUUAUGUGAGAGUGCUUAUUGUGUUCUUCCUAUAAAAUAAUAUUUCAUUCAUAGCUGCGGACAAUAACCAUGGUGCGUAUGAACGUAUUGAGUGAUGCUCUAAAAUCAAUUCACAAUGCCGAGAAAAGAGGCAAAAGACAAGUGCUUAUCCGGCCUUGCUCGAAAGUUAUCGUCAAAUUUCUAACAGUGAUGAUGAAGCACGGUUACAUUGGUGAAUUUGAGAUCGUAGAUGACCACAGAGCGGGCAAAAUCGUAGUAAACCUCACAGGCAGAUUGAACAAAUGUGGAGUCAUUUCUCCACGAUUUGAUGUACCUAUUAACGACAUUGAAAGGUGGACUAACCUCCUUCCAUCCCGGCAGUUUGGAUACCUUGUUCUCACAACCAGUGGAGGUAUCAUGGAUCAUGAAGAAGCCAGAAGGAAACAUCUUGGAGGGAAGAUAUUAGGUUUCUUUUUCUAAGUUUAUUCAAUACAUUUGAAAAUGUA